AUUACUUUUUCUUUUAAGCCAUGUUUUACCGUAGGCUAAACUGACAUGCAUACCUUUAAAAAAAAGCUUGAUUGUCAUUACUCACUGGUUUUAAAGAGAUAAUUUAGGGAUAAAUUGCAUACAUUAGGCCUAUUUAUUAUGCGCACUGAUAUUCCGCGGCAGGUUCACGUAGAUACAACAUCAAAGGCUUUAUUGCGUUAUACACACCAUCAGCAGCUACGCCUUGCAAAUGUCAAGGCGUUGCAGAAAGAGGGAGAUCAAGUGAGCUACACGACACACAGUCAAGUGCUAACAAGUUCCCACAAGUGCCUCACGGAGAGGUUUCAGUCGCCACGGGUUUCCGAAGAAGGCAGUUGCGCGCAAAGGGGCAUCAUGAAGGACCAAAGCUGUACUGAUGAAAUUACACAAAUCUUCCAAGAGGCUCCGUCGGCGAGACAAGCUCUAUUGGACAACUACGACAACCUGAUGAAGGUAGCUGAAUACUGCGAGAGCAACUACCUGCAGGCAGGUGCGGAUGCGGUCAAGGCCCUGGAGGAGACUAAGAACUUUACCACCCAGUCUCUGGCCAGUGUGGCCUACCAGAUCAGCACCCUGGCCUCCAACGUCCUCAAGCUGCUAGACGCACAGAACUCCCAGCUCAGACACAUGGAGUCUUCUGUCAACCUCAUCGGACAGACAGUGGACAUGCACAGAGAGAAGGUGGCCCGGAGAGAGAUAGGGGCUUUCACCACAGCCAAGAGGGUUCCCCGCAGUCACAAAAUAAUCCCCCCGGCAACAGGCAAGGAGCCCAAACCCAAGUACACCCGUAGUCCCAUCACCUACUCUGACCUGGACACACUGGGGCAUGGCAUGAAGGAUUCUGGUAAGCUGAUGUUGAAAGCAGGGUCAUCAAAACGCAAACAUGGCAGCACCAUCAGCAGGAGCACUUCCAGAGCACCCCCAGAGCCUGUCCAGUGUCCCAUAGCCCCCUCUCUGUCUCGAGGGGCGUCCCUCACCUCUCUCAAUGAUCGCUCCAUUGGGUCCAGCUUCGGCAAGGCCGUGCCUCCCCCCGUGGUCCCCAGCUGGCCCGCGUCACCUGACUCUGACAUCAUCACCACCCUGCUGGAGGAGGCCCCGCCCCCACCACCGCCCCUGUCUCUGAUGGAGGAUGGUGACGCCUCCAUGACAGCUGCGGCCCCUCCUCCUCCUCCCUUGGCGCCUCCUGCCUCCUCUCUGGAUGUCCCUCCUCCCCCUCCUCUGCCCCCCACCACCACAACCAGCGCCCCUGAACCUGGCCAUACCAGCCUAGCCUGCAUCCCCCCUCCCCUUGCCCCACCCCCACUGGAGACUGUGGCUGAAGAGAACGGCUUCCCGCCCCCAAUGCCACCACCAUCUGACGAGCAUCUCCCUCCACCAGCCAGUGAGGGCCUGGAGCUCCCUGACCCGCCCCCUCCACCGAGUGAUGAAGUGGAUGAAGCUCUGCAGCCCAGGCGGUCUCGUGUACGUCGUCACCCCCCCAGCUCGCGCUCCAUGUCCCUCAGGGUCCGCACGGGCCCUAGCUCUCGCUCGCUCUACACUCGCUCACUCUUCCUACCAACCAUCCAAUCACUCAUGAUCCCUCCUCCCCCUUCAUACCCUCCUCCUCUCGCCCCUCCCGUGUCGCUGAGCCCACUGUCCAGCCUGCCCGCCCGCCUGGAUCACCUGGAUCUGGUGAUCCCAGCCCCGCCUCCUCCACCUUUUACCGACAGUGUGGGUGGCUUUGAUGACGUCAUGCCACCCCUACCUCCCCCUGCUGAUUAUGACACGACUGGCCCUACAGACUUUUUAGAGAAAGUGGUGGCGCUGUACAGCUACAACUCAGGGAAGCCUGGAGACCUGGUGUUCCAGGAGGGAGAAGUCAUGUACCUGAUCAAGAGGAACGAAGACGGCUGGUGUGAGGGACUGCUCAACGGAGUAGAGGGAUUCUUCCCUGGGAACUACGUUGAUUCCUUCACCAACUAAGUUUAUUAGACCACUUAAAGGUAGACUCAGCGAUAGGACGUAUAUGCAGAAAGUAAACAGCAUAGUGGGUCAAGUUCCGCUACAACUAAGAGUUUUGAAGCCCGAGGCUCAACUUGUCCUCUGUUUUGGUCUUGUGGCUACCCUGUUGAAAAAGCGUCAAGCGAACCCGUGCACAUGCGCAGAUACUGUGUGUGACAGUGUGAGAGCGGAGUCGCGCGUCUCGCUUAUCGCAGUAUCUGCAGUGCUGCUCGUGGCAAUGUCGUUUCGCUUAGUCUACCUUUUAAUAUGAAGAGGGAAAGUAGGCUCUGUCCACAAACAACCCCUAACCCUAUACCCUAGGUCUACCUAGGCACUUUAUGUUGAUCAGGAAAGAAUUGGACUGGUGUAAACAUACCUAUUCACAUCAUUGGUAUAAGCAAUAACUAUUGUAGCUUUACCUGUCCCUUUGAUAGGCCAGAUGCAAUUUCAAUCAUAUUGCCUCUCUGGUAUCGAGUUUGGGGCUGGUGGUUGUUGGGUUUGUUUCUUGAUGGGGAUGUAGUCAACUAUUAGCUUUGUAGAAAGACCUCUACUGCCUCUAGGCCAUAGUAAUAUGAACGGAAAAUAAGGCAAUAUUUACACUUGGAAUGAUGACAGGACUCUGAAAUAUAGCCCCUAUAUAGUGCGAGGGGCUAGUUAUAUAUUACCAAGAGGGUCACUAGGUAGGACGACUUAAUAUCUGCUCUCUUUCAACCAAGACUAGAUCAAAUAUAAAAGUCAGCUUGCUUAUUAACCAUGAAGGUAGUGAAUACUUGGAAAAUGCUUUGCAAGUUAUACAAUAACUCUAUGUCCCAUUCAGUAUUGUUUUACAAGUACUGUAGUACCAGUAUAUGAGCUAGUUUGGCCUUACUGUUGUGCUCAGAAGGACAAGCCCUGAACGCUGCAUAAUGAUGUGGUAAAGCUGCUUCCGUUUUUUUGUCAAUGGGACCAGCCACUGUUUGCUGCUGCAGUUUUUGGCUCUGCAGGAUGAUAUUGGUCACUUAAUUAGACUUGCACUAAUAUAUUUUCUAAUAUUCAAACUGAGAUGAAAUAAUAUAUGGAUUAUAGGAAAAAAUAUUUGUAUGAAUUCUGUUACGAGGUGAAAAUAUUUUACUGUAGUGAUGUCAUGAGAUUGAAAAAUGUCAAAGUGAUUUUAAACUUGUUAAUGUUGCCAGUUAGUUUCAUUUUGAUAUUUAGUAUAUCCUUUUAGAUUGAACAAUGUUUCAUUUACAUGUCUUUCAAUAAAUGCUUAGCUUUUCCAAAUAAACUUUCUCAAAUUCUCAUGCUAAUCUAGAAAAAAAGGUGACUACUGUACUACUGUGCAUGAAGAGCGUUAAGAGGAGUAACAAAACCAAGUCCAUAUCAUGUUGUUGUCUAAAACGUGCCCCGAUAGGUCUUAUUCUAAUGCUAAGACAACAUGAUACAGUGACUUUACCAUUGUGUUUGGCAUCAUCAUGGCCACCUCAGCUCAGGUGCUGUGCCUUUUAAACAGCAAAGGGUUGCUAUAAACCUGCCACCUUAACCCUCAGUUCAAUAGCACGCCCGUUGCCAGAUAAGACACACAUUCACACAGACAUUACAGUACACAUACACUCAGGUCUUCUAUAUUCACACACACACAGUACACAUAGGUUCAGGUCCUUAUUGAUUUCCGUUGAAGUCCCAGGUUCACUGAAGCGGCUGCUGGCUUUAAGGUUUCUACUGAGGUGCAGGUGUUAACUUCACAAGAUGCCGAUACGCGAGGCUUUUUACUUUUUAGAAGUCUUCAUGCCGUUGAUCACAUUUGGCAUCACCAUCAUCUGCUGCACAGCCUUUUGUAAGGCCUUCCACCGGGCCCGCGAGGAGCAACUGGACCGGGAGGAGAGACGAGACAGGCCCUCCAUCUAUGUCAUUCCCUUCCCCACAGUAUCUCAUGACAACGAAGACAUCCACAGGCCUCCUCGCUACAGCACCUCAGAGUUCUACAGCCCACCUCCUGCCUACAAUGAGGUGGAGAUGAAGCCAGACUUUAUCCACCCAGAGCUUCCUCCAGCCUACUCUGAGGUCUCCAACACACCUGUUUUCCCCCUGCAACCUGUCUCGGCGUCUCCUGAACCCCACUCCCAACCAUAGGACCGUACCUCCUUAGGAAGCCUGCGAGGGGGAGGCCUGAGGCCACAGACUAGGGGAUAAAUUACACAGAAUAUGGGACAUACUGUAUGUGGAGUGGGCAUUCUGAAGCUGGAUAUGUAUACCACAGAGACUUGGUCCUUGGGAUUGUUGAAUGGGGAUGUGAGGUGGAAAGUUUGGGGACCAUAAGGAAAAGCAAGUGUUUGGACAUCUAUGAAAGUGUGUACUGUAAAGCAGAAGUUGGGGACAAGAGAUUGAAUGGGGUUGCGUAGUAGCUAUAGCUACCAAUCUGUACAUACCAGUGUGUAAAUAUUAAUUAAAUCUUUCAAAUUUUAUUUUUCAAGGUGUUACUCAGAAUAGUUUAUUAAUAUUAUUAUGUAUCAGUGUCAUGGAACUUGUUGUGUAAUAAUGGUAAAUAGUGUCUGUUUUCGUUAUCAAAGAUUCAAUCUGUCCUAUAUUGGUCAUGUCUGAUCCUGUAACACAUCGUCCGUGCUCUUUGGCCAGAUAGGUUACAUAACAGCCCUACCCAGGAAGCUGUUCUGUAAAACACUGGUAAGAUAUUGAACAGACAAACUGAUAAAAAUGUACUAUGUCAUGGACAUGACAGUUUUUGGCAUUCCUCUCGGUUAUAAAUAUGUUAUUUCCUCUUACUCCAGUUGCCCAAUCAUAUAUCCUUACAUGAAUAGGAACAAGUCUUUGGCUGAUGAUGUAUAGUGUAUUAAGUGAUAGUAAAAUAGUAACCGCUUCACUUAAUGCCCCCUUGCCUAUGACUGUAAACUAUGAUCAAAACAUAUAUGGCCCAUCUCUGUCAUUCAUUAUCUAAGAUUAGACCAGAGGUUGAGCAGUUGUUACUGAGAUGCCUCAAUGCUACUAACCCAACACUGUUUUGCUUUAUGAACAUCAUGAAUAAUACUAGCCUUUUGCAAAUACAGACUGGGAUUGAAACAUG